UCCCUAGAGAUGCAAACAGCACCUCCUCUCACUCUCUCUCUCGCUGUUUAUUAGUUUGACACACUCACCCCAACGCCUCACUCGCUCUCUCAGCUCAGACAUCCACCGCAGAAAGAAGAGCAGACCGGACCCCCUCCACCAUGAUCACCAGAGUCCUCCUAGUCAUCGCCCUCCUCGGCUGCCUGGCACUUGCACAGAACCGUCCCAGCGGAAAUUGCGUGUGUCGCCGUACCCGCGAAGUAUUCGGGAACCCCAAGGCCAUCCAGGACAUCCAGAUCUACCCCUCUUCCCACACCUGUGAUAAAAUGGAGAUUGUCGUUUUACAAAAAAACGGGAUACAGUACUGCUUGGAUCCGAAAAUGAAGAAGGUCCAGGAGCUGAUUAGGCACCUGCUGAACAAGUGACGGCAGACCAGUUCACCGUCCCGUCCCUGUCCACCCCCGUCUUUAAGCAGAAAUCCCGGGCCAACUGCUUCCCCCGAGGACGGCUCAGCGGACGACCAGGGCCCCGUCUGACGUCAUCACUCACAAAUAAGACUUCAGCACUCAGCUUCCUCCUGAAUAACUUCUGGCAAAUUCCAUAUCCAAGCUAAGACCUUUGCAAAAAAAAAAUGCUACAUUCCUGUCAUUUCACAGUGUACUUUUAUAGUUUGCAUGCGUAUAUAUAUAUAUGUUAAAAGGGGUGGCACGGUGGUGCAGUGGGUAGCAAUGUCACCUCACAGCAAGGAGGCCCAGGGUACGAGGGUGGGAAUAGAGUGUGAAUACUGUGUGUGCCCUGCGAUAGAUUGGCGGCCUGUCCAGAGUGUGUUCCGGCUUCUUGCCCAAUGCAUGCUGGGAUAGGCUCCAGCAUCUCCUGUGACCCUGCCCAGGAUAAGCGGGUAUAUAUAUAGUUAAUGGAUGGAUAUAUGUUAAAAUCAUUACUCGUUGUAGUUGUUGUUGUGCUUUAUGCUUCUAUCUAAUGAGAGAUAUCUGUAAUCUGCGACUGAAUUUAAAUAAAAAAAAAUUGGUAAAAUCUGAA